AGAUCAAAUUAUUAAUUUUCUUUGUGCGACAGAGAAUCGCUUAUUCCAGUAGCGAAACUUCGAGAAGAUGGUAGUGAUUGAGCACCACGACACUCAUGAUCGCAACGCCAACCCCUCCACCACCGCCAACGAUGCUUCCGACGGCUUCGAAACCGCCAGCGACACCGAUCUCGCCAGCGACGCCGACGAUAUCAGACUGGAAGACCACAAACAUGCCGAACAACCGCAGCAGCACCAUCAGGAGGAAGAGGACCAGCAGCAGAAGCAGGUAGAGCAAGAGCAAGAGCAGGAGCAGGGUGAUCCUCCAAGCAUCAUUUCCUCCGACGUUGCCUCGAUCAAUGACGAAGAAUCGAAUCAGAAAGCAUUGGUUGAAGCGAAUGAAGCAAAGACAGAAGGGAACAAGCUUUUUCUGGAAGGGAAGUAUGAGGAGGCAUUGGUGCAGUAUGAACUUGCUUUACAAGUUGCGCCAGACAUGCCUUCAUCUGUGGAAAUCCGAUCAAUUUGCCAUUCAAACAGUGCUGUGUGCUUUCUCAAACUAGGAAAAUAUGAAAACACAAUUAAAGAAUGCACAAAGGCAUUAGAACUGAAUCCUACAUAUGUCAAAGCUUUGGUAAGAAGAGGAGAGGCCCAUGAAAAGCUUGAGCAUUUUGAAGAGGCCCUUGCUGAUCUCAAAAAGAUCUUAGAAAUUGAUCCCUCAAAUGAUCAAGCUAGGAAAGCCAUUCGGCGACUUGAGCCCCUUGCUGCAGAAAAACGGGAAAAGAUGAAGGAAGAAAUGAUUGCGAAACUGAAAGAAAUGGGCAACUCUGUCUUAGGCCGCUUUGGUAUGAGUGUGGACAACUUUAAAACAGUCAAAGAUCCAAACACUGGUUCCUAUUCUGUCCAAUUCCAACGCUGAGUUUGGUUGAGCAAAGUGAUCGCAGCAUUAAGCAAGAAAGAGACUGUCUAGGAUGGUAAGGUAAUUUUGGAAUGCGGAGUUGUAAGGGAGCUGAACACUGUUGGAAGGACUUCAGGGUUUAUAAGUCAUGUGGAAAUGCAGUCAUGAUUGGAAUUUGUAAAUGUUUUGGUUAUUCACUGUCGUUUUUUCUCCUUUGGGUCAUUCUAUAUUGGUUGUCAGUGUUUAUUGUCAUUAGCGGUUAAGAAUUAACAGUUUUAAUAUAGUACUGUGAUCUAUGCAGAUAUUGGCUGAUAAUAUAACUUGAAAAACAUUUAUAAAUUUCAUUUAUCUUUUGAUUUGCUGUCA